UGUCACUCCGCCUCAGAUUCCUCCUAUCUGGGAAGUCAAAGUUCCAAACCUUGAUAGGCUCUUCACAGGCUCUGGGUUGGUUCAAACUUCAGUUUUUAUAGUUGGGAAUCUCAUAAAGGAUCAGUCUUGAGGGGUAGAGAUGAUGGGCAUACAAGAUCAUGGGAAUGUGGAGAUGGAAAUUUCUGAUUAUAAAUUAGGGAGAAACAAUAAAUACAAGAGGAUGCAUAAUUAUGAUGGUGUAGAUGAUGAUGAUCCAUCCCACCAUCAACAUCUUCAGCUUGAGAAGAGGAGGAAGAGCACUAAAAAAUAUGUCUUUGCCUGUGCUAUCUUCGCUUCUCUCAACAAUGUCCUCCUUGGCUAUGAUGUUGGGGUUAUGAGUGGAGCAAUCAUAUUUAUUCAAGAAGAUUUAAAGAUAACAGAAGUGCAAGAAGAAAUUCUAGUAGGCAUUUUGAGCAUAGUCUCACUUUUAGGUAGCUUAAUUGGAGGAAGAACCUCAGACGCGAUUGGCAGAAAAUGGACAAUGGGUUUAGCCUCAAUUAUCUUCCAAACCGGGGCAGCAAUCAUGGUCGUCGCUCCUUCCUACGAAGUACUGAUGAUGGGCAGAUUUCUGGCUGGGGUCGGAAUCGGCUUCGGUGUCAUGAUUGCACCCGUCUACAUAGCCGAGAUCUCACCAACUGUUGAUCGAGGAUCCCUGACGUCAUUCCCGGAGAUUUUUAUAAAUCUGGGAAUCCUUCUUGGAUACGUCUCAAAUUACGCAUUUUCCGGAUUACCGCCGCAUAUAAACUGGCGAGUAAUGCUUGCUGUGGGAAUACUCCCUUCCGUCUUCAUAGCAUUCGCUUUGUGUGUGAUUCCAGAGUCGCCGAGAUGGCUGGUUGUACAGAAGCGGAUGGAAGAAGCAAAGGCAGUGCUGAUGAAAACAAAUGACAGUGAUGCGGAAGUGGAAGAGCGACUGGCAGAGAUUCAGUUAGCUGCUGGGGUGGGGACCACAAAUGCUGAUAAAUAUGAGGAGAAAUCGGUGUGGCGGGAGCUUUUGAGUCCUCCUCCUCCUCUUGCCAGGAUGCUAAUCACUGGUUUUGGGAUCCAGUGCUUCCAGCAGAUAACAGGUAUUGAUGCAACGGUUUACUACAGUCCAGAGAUCUUGAAAGCAGCAGGUAUUACUGGCGAGUCAAAACUCCUUGCGGCAACCGUUGCAGUGGGGAUUGCAAAGACGGCAUUCAUAUUAAUUGCUAUAGUCCUCAUUGACAGAGUGGGAAGAAAGCCACUGCUUUAUGUAAGUACAAUAGGGAUGACAAUUUGCUUGUUUGGAUUGGGGUCUGCCCUUACGUUUCUGAGCAGUGAAGGCUCGCUUGGUAUUCCAGCCUCAAUAUUGUUUGUUUGCGGGAAUGUAGCGUUUUUCUCAAUUGGUUUGGGCCCAGUUUGUUGGGUAUUGACAUCAGAAAUAUUUCCACUGAAGUAUCGGGCCCAAGCAUCGGCAUUGGGAGCAGUAGGUAAUCGGGUGUGCAGUGGGGUGGUCGCCAUGUCAUUUCUUUCUGUGUCGCGGGCAAUCACGGUCGGCGGGACCUUCUUUGUUUUCUCAGCAGUCUCUGCAGCCGCGGUUGCUUUCACCUAUAUACUUGUUCCAGAAACAAAAGGCAAAUCUCUAGAGGAGAUUCAGUUGAUGUUUCAAAACGAACAGGAAGGUGAAACACAACUUGGGGAUGUUGAGCAUCUUGUGCAGAAAGAGUGAGUUUUGGGAUUCUCUUUCAAUUACUUCUUUUGAAAACUUACAGCUAUCUUCUUCUUUUUACAUCUGAUACGUAUAGCAGAGAAUUUUACAGGUGUAAUACUAGCAUAGAAAAGGUUGAUGCUGAGAAUAUCUUUGAAUAUAUUCUUUUACACGUACAAUCAUUGUCUUCUAUUGAUUAGUAAAUGUAUAAUGGUAACAUUUAUUUAAUCCAUUCAUCAUUGCUUUAGCAACUCAGUCAACCGUUAACUUUAUUUAUUCUUCAUGGAAGACUUAUGUGUACUGUAUAACUUUAUUUAUUCUUCACGGAAGACUUAU